CACAAGAAAAUGUACGUUUGGUGGCAGCGUCCUGAAAAGCAAGUUGGCCAACGUUGAAUCAAAUACCAUCAUCCUCAAUCGCCUAUGAUUCAUUCUCCCUUUCUAUAUAAUCUAAAUCUAUCGCUCAUCUUUAACUUUCACUUCAACUUUUUCCUCUCAUUUUUCUUCCUUCUCCAAUGUCUUCCUUAACCAUUCCUCCUCUUCUUACUUCUCCUCGGGACGAUGCUGCCCUACUUUACCGCGCCUUCAAAGGUUUUGGAUGUGAUACUGCUGCAGUUAUCAAUGUUCUUGCACAUAGAGAUGCAGCACAACGUGCUCUCAUUCAGCAGGAAUAUAGAGCCAUUUACUCUGAGGAACUCACCAAACGCUUAAAAUCUGAGCUUAGUGGCAAACUUGAGGAUGCAAUUUUACUAUGGAUGUAUGAUCCAGCAACCAGAGAUGCUAUUCUAGUGAAGAAUGCUAUAUAUGGAGAAACCUCUACUCUUAGAGCUGCCACUGAAGUAAUUUGUUCUCGUACACCGUCGCAGAUUCAGCAUUUUAAACAAAUUUACUUGGCCAUGUUUCGUUCUCCCCUUGAACGUGAUAUUGAACGCACUGCUACCGGUGAUCAUCUAAAGCUGCUAUUAGCUUAUGUUAGUAAACCGCGAUAUGAAGGCCCAGAAGUCGACAGAGCUCUGGUAGAUAAAGAUGCCAAAUCUCUCUAUAAAGCUGGAGAGAAAAGAUUGGGAACUGAUGAAGAUAAGUUCAUAAAAAUUUUCAGUGAAAGAAGCAGGGCACAUCUCUCCGCUGUUAGUCAUGCUUAUAAACAUUCAUAUGGCAACUCUUUGAAAGAGGUUAUAAAGAAAGAAACAUCUGGGAAUUUUGAGCAUGGCCUUCUCACAAUUUUGCUGUGUGCUGAGAAUCCUGGGUUUUACUUUGCAAAGGUAUUGCGCAAGGCAAUGAAAGGAAUGGGAACAGACGACUCGACCCUGAUAAGAGUAAUUGUGUCAAGAGCUGAGAUAGAUAUGCAGUAUAUAAAGGCAGAAUAUCACAAGAAAUAUAAGAAAACACUGAACAAAGCAGUUCAGUCCGAGACUUCAGGCAGCUACAAGGACUUUCUUCUAUCCUUGUUGGGUCCUGAUCGUUAGACUACAAUUGCAAUGUAGAUCAAGAAGAUUUGGGAUUCUAAAAGUUGAAAAUCUUCAUGUUUGAUAGUUUGUGGUUUUUAUUUUUAUUUUUCUUUUGUAAUCGUAUUUGCUUUGUGUAAGUUUAUAGGCUAUGAACAUCUUUUGUAUCAAGUCUGAGUUUGUAUAGUUGUUCCUUGGUAUGUUUUUGUUUGAUUUUUUAAAAAAUAAAUGUAAUUGGCCAUGGUUGUUUAACGAUUCUAUCUCAGUUUGUGAUAUUGGACUGGAUUAGAGGGAAAAUAUUGUUCAGUGAAUACAAAAUAAAUAAGCAACGAUAAGGCUUUCGAGA